AUGGCUGUCCGGUACCUGCUUGGUCUCUCCACGACCGCCCUCGUGGUGGUCGGAUUGUAUAUGCUUUUCCAGGGCGAGGGCGAAGCCUUCAAUGUCGGCCGCUUCCUCGAGGAGGUAUCUCCCUUCGCCUUUGCGAACGUCGGUAUCGCGAUGUGUAUUGGUUGCUCGGUUGUCGGAGCUGCAUGGGGUAUCUUCCUCACGGGCUCUUCGAUCCUCGGCGGUGGUGUUCGGGCACCCCGGAUCCGGACUAAGAACUUGAUCUCCAUCAUUUUCUGCGAAGUCGUCGCCAUCUACGGUGUCAUCAUGGCGAUCGUUUACUCCGCAAAGCUCAACUCGGUCCCCCAGGCUGAGCUCUACACCCAGAGCAACUAUUAUACCGGCUAUGCGCUCUUCUGGGGCGGCUUUACGGUGGGAUUCUGCAACCUGAUUUGCGGUAUAUCUGUGGGCAUCAACGGCAGUGGUGCUGCCCUCGCCGACGCUGCCGAUCCGAGCCUGUUUGUCAAGAUCCUUGUCAUUGAGAUUUUUAGUUCCGUCCUGGGUCUGUUCGGUCUCAUUACUGGUCUACUUGUGGGCGGCAAGGCCCUGGACAUCGGUGCCGCCUAA